AUGGGCACCUGUAAUAGCUCGCCUGAUAUUACCAUUGCUAGGGGCGGUCUGAUAAAUAGCAUAACCUGGCGUCCUAUGCUAACUCUCGCAUCAGCCCAUCUGCCCAUAAUUACCUCGAUCGAGAAACCUGCUUAUCUCGUUUCUGUGGACAACCGUACCUUCGUUAAAUUUAACAAAGCUAACUGGGUCGGCUUCGCAGAAUUUACUGAGAGCACCUUCAUUGCUCUACCCAUUUCUACGGACGUACGCGUUGGCAAAUGUCAAUUCCGCAAGGCGAUCGCAGCAGCUACCGCUCGCUUCAUGCCAGCAGGACGAAUAGCGGAAAUCCGCCCCAACGUCCCAGCCGUUUUAGCUAACGAGCGCGAAACCUUACGCCAUGCCGAUCCCGGGGAUCCUCGAAUAAGGGAUCUCAAUUAG